AUGCUAUGUCAUCCCAAUAGCACCGGUCUCCCGACCGACUUGUUCUAUCACAGUAAUUCACCAUCGCGCGGCCCAUCUUAUUUAUCAUUAUCAUUUUCCAAAUAUAAAACAGGGCAGCACACCGCGGCGGGCCGCUAUUCCCCAACGGGAAUCCAGAAGCCUGCAGCUGGCGCUCCCACCCCUGAGUCCGAUAAGCUGAAGUCCGAGGGUAACGGUGCCAUGGCCCGCAAGGACUACAGCACCGCUAUCGACCUCUACACCCAAGCCCUGGCUAUUGCUCCCUCGAACCCCAUCUACCUCUCCAACCGGGCUGCUGCCUAUUCCGCGGCCGGACAGCACGAGAAGGCGGCCGAGGAUGCCGAGCUCGCCACUGCUGUUGACCCCAAGUACUCCAAGGCCUGGAGCCGUCUGGGACUGGCUCGUUUCGAUUUGGCUGAUUACCACGGUGCCAAGGAGGCCUAUGAGAAGGGUAUCGAGGCCGAGGGCAACGGUGGCAGCGAGGCCAUGAAGCGGGGUCUGGAGACUACUAAGCGCAAGAUCGAGGAGGCCAAGCGUAGCACCGAGCCUCCCGCUGAUGCCGUUGACGAUGCUGCUGGUGCUUCCCGUGGUGGUGGCGGUAUGCCUGAUCUCAGCUCUAUCAUGAGCAACCCCCAGCUGAGACAGAUGGCUGAGAACUAUGGCCGUGGCGGUGGUAUGCCCGACAUGUCCUCUUUGAUGAGCGAUCCAAACAUUGCUGAAAUGGCCCGGAACAUGAUGGGCGGUGGUGCCGGACGUGGAAUCCAGUAA